AUGACUGGUCCAAGAUCGUUUUGUUACGGUCAGAAGAAAUGCUUGUAUCUGGCUGGAUUAUUUUCCGUUGAAUCACCGGACUGGAGCGCUGGUGGACUCUUACCGGCUGUGCAUAUGGCAAUGGAUGAUAUUAAUUUGCGUGAUGAUAUCUUGCCAAAUCAUAAUUUAUGUUUGAUAUGGGCUGAGACUAAGGGACAAACAGCAUUAGGUGUUCGCAAUUUUAUCCGACUACUAGACGAACCACCUACCAAAAUUGCUCUUUUAGGUAGCAGUUAUUCAACAGUAACAGCAGUAAUUGCAGAAUUGUCACCAUUCUACAAUAUGCUACAAAUUUCAUUUUCAAGUGAAAGCUCUUUUUUGGCCAAUCGGAAAAGUUUUCCGUUACUAUUUCGAACAGCUUAUUCGUAUUCAAAAUAUGGAGAAGCCUACGUAGCUUUACUGAAUCAUUUUAAUUGGACUAGAGUUGCAGUUAUUGGUCGUAAUUCCUAUACAAAUUAUCAGGAUAUUUAUCGUGUUAGCAGUGCUAUUCGAAAAAGUGGGAUAGAAGUUAAAGCAAUUGAACUUUUUCUUGCUGAAACUCCUGUUUUUGAACGAUUAAAGAGGAUCAAGGAUCUAGAUGUUAGAAUUAUAAUUGUUAUUUCGCUGGAAAAAGAUAUGUUGGGAUUGGCUUGUGCUGCUUAUAAAUUGGAAAUGUAUGGAAAGAAAUAUGUUUGGAUUAUUCCACAUUGGUAUGAAAAGAAAUUUUGGGAUAAGAUUUCACAAACAUCGAAAUGCCUGCCAGAACACAUCUACGCUGUUAUUAAUCAUGCUCUGAGCAUUAGCGUCCUUUACAUGAACUAUGAAUAUAUAGAAACCAUAACCGGCAUGACACCUAAGGAACAAGAACGGCGCUACCUUAAUAGACCGUUAAUCGCUAAUAAAACUUAUUCACCAAAUGGCUACUGGCCAUUUGCAUACGAUGCCGUAUGGUCCAUAGCAUUGGCGCUUAAUAAUUCCAGAAAUCAACUUGAAAGUUUAAAUAAAACUUUUGAAGACUUUAAUUAUCAGCAAAGCGAGAUGAGAAAGAUAUUUUAUCAAAACAUGGAAUCAGUUCAAUUCCUGGGAAUUUCGAACAAUGUCUCGUUCGAUUAUAAUGGGGAUGUUGAUGCGAAUAUCUUCGAUGUCCGUCAAUAUCAAGGAGAUGAUAAAGUCAAAAUUGGAACUAUUCGUCGUCGAAAUAUUAUUUUAGUUGCGGAAAUGGAGACUAGUAUUAAAUGGAUAGACCAAAAACCGCCACCAUCUGCUGAUAUUAUCGUGGAUCGUAUACAACCAUUACAAACUAUCAUACUCUAUAUUAUGAUUUUCCUGUGUAGCUUGGGCUAUGCUAUUACUUUUCUUUCUUUAUCAUUUAUAGUCAAGCACUAUCGCACUAGGACAAUUGCGCUGAUAGCAACAGAUUGUGCGAUUCUUUUUGGUAGCAUUAUUCUGUAUACAUCGGUUAUACUUAUGGGAUUAAAUGAUGAGCAGACUCGAUCAGUUACUUGUAUGUUACUACCAUGGCUGAAUUGUUAUGGAUUUGCCUUAGUAGCUGGGUCCAUCUUAAUUAAAUCCUUGAUAGUAUAUCGUAAUGUUACAUCAAGAUGGUUUACAAAGGAAAUUGGCAAUCUGCACGUUUUAGCAGGACUACUAUCAUUGCUAUUGUUGGAAUCUGCUUUUCUCAUUAGCUGGACCUCUAUUGAUCCUCUUAAGUCUGUUAGAGUAUCAAUAACAAGUAAUUUAGAAGAUGAUGAAAUAAUUCCCUAUGUAAAGUAUAGACCGGUCGUUCUACUAUGCAAGUGUCAGUUUGGCACAUACUGGUUGAUUGGCACAAUCGGCCUGAAUGGUAUAGUAUUACUAUUUAGCGCCUUUAUAGCUUAUGAAGCCCGAGAUGUUCGCCUUAAUAAUGAAAUCGAUGUCAGAAAUAUUUCUACUUGCAUCUAUAACACUAUAUUGCUUGGAUUAAUCGUUAUACCUCUAUCCUUUGUCAUUGAUCGGAAAAAUAAUGAGCUAUACAUGGUCAUUGGCGGCUAUGUCAUUUUUUGUACAACUUUGUGCCAAUUGAUUCUCUUCUUAUUAAAGGGAAGGAAAUCAGACGAUAAAAUUCGUCCGUCCGUAGUGAAAAGAAAUACUUCUGAAACAACAUAG